AUGGAUGGUGCAACUGUAGGCGGCACGGACCGAGUAUAUCCUAUUCGGUCAAUCAUUUCCUUCAACCCCGCUGCUACGGAUCCCAAUCAGCAAGGUAUACCGAAUGAAAUCCGUUCGCCGCGAAGUGGUGCUCGCUCUUAUUCAAUCAUCGACGCCGAUACCUGGGACCAAUUGAGUUCGCAGCCCACUAGUUCGCCGCAUACCAACCCUUCUCCUAAUGCGCCUGUUCAUACGCCCGAGUCGACCGAUCGGCUCUCGCAGCAGCAAUCUCCUAACGUCUUCUCACCGGCCUCGAGCGCUGCCGAGCGAGACGCUCCGCCGGACGAAAGCUCCACGUACAGGAAGGUGGCACCGGAAGAGGGCCAUGCGAGCCUUGUUACUUCGCGAUUCCAGCACGUGGUUACGGCGGCGGGUCAUGCUGUCAUCACAGGCAAUACACCUGAUUCCUUUCGGGCCUGUGAAGACGAACCAAUCCACAUCCCGGGCGCCGUGCAAACCUUUGGCGUCAUGCUCGUUUUGCGCGAGACACCCGAGGGUUCUUUAGCGGUCCAUGUAGCGAGUGAGAACUCAGAAGCUAUUCUGGGUCACUCGCCAAGCAACCUUUUUGCGCUGGAGAGUUUCACUGACCUCCUGCAAGAUGAUCAGACCGACAUCCUCCUCGAUCACAUUGACUUCAUUCGAGACGAUGGAUAUGAUCCCGUUAGUGAUGGCCCGGAGGUUUUCAUUCUGGCUGUCAAAGACCGAUUCGGGCGGCCUCGGCGCUUUUGGUGUGCCAUUCAUGUUAAUACCGCUCACCGGGAUGUGAUCAUUUGUGAGUUCGAAUUGGAAGACGACCGCAUCAAUCCUCUCAACGUUGCUGGACGCACGACACCUACAUCCCCGACAGUGACUCUGGGCUUUGAGCCAACCCCAGAUCAAUUAGCAAGCAGCACUGUGAACAUUAGCCAGCCGUUACGAGUGCUUCGGAAUGCACGCAGAAGGAGGGGUGAAGCAGCCGCCAUGGAGGUGUUCAGUAUUGUUAGUCAGAUCCAGGAUCAGCUUGGUGAUGCCCAAAAUAUGGACGCCUUGCUCAACAUCACGAUUGGCAUAGUUAAAGAGUUGACUGGAUUUCACCGCGUGAUGAUAUAUCAGUUUGAUAGUGAGGCCAACGGAGAUGUGGUGGCAGAAUUAGUCGACACAAGAAUGACCAAGGACUUGUAUAAGGGAUUACAUUUCCCGUCAACGGAUAUCCCAAAGCAAGCCCGCGACUUGUAUCGUCUCAACAAAGUGCGCAUACUCUACGACCGUGACCAGAUGAGCUCACGGUUGGUGUGUCGAGGCAUCGAGGAUCUCAAGACACCUCUGGACAUGACACAUGCCUACUUGCGUGCAAUGUCGCCUAUCCACAUCAAGUACUUGGCGAACAUGGGGGUCCGUGCGUCCAUGUCGAUCAGUAUCAACAACACGCAUGAUCUUUGGGGUCUGAUCUCCUGUCACUCCUAUGGAGACACCGGCAUGAGGGUACCUUUCCCAAUUCGGAAAAUGUGUCGGUUGAUCGGCGAUACACUCUCACGGAACAUUGAGCGUCUCUCUUACGCAUCACGUCUUCAGGCUCGCAAGCUUCUCAACACUAUUCCUACGGAUGCCAACCCCUCGGGUUAUAUAAUUGCCUCAUCGGAUGACUUGCUGAAGCUUUUUGAUGCGGACUAUGGCGCAUUGUCAAUUAGAGGGGAGACUAAAAUCCUCGGGAAGUCAACCGAGUCACAAGAGAUGCUGGCUUUGUUGGAGUUUCUCAAGAUCCGCCAGCUCAAUUCCGUCGUUGCGUCGCAUCACGUGAAGAAGGAUUUUCCAGACCUGCGUUAUCCGCCGGGCUUCAAGGAGAUCUCGGGCAUGUUAUAUGUGCCUCUAUCGGCCGAUGGCAAGGACUUUAUAGUCUUCUUCCGGAAGGGCGAGCUGACGCAGAUCAAAUGGGGUGGCAAUCCUUAUACGAAACUUCUGCAGAAUGGUCACCUCGAGCCUCGCGCAAGUUUCCAGGUGUGGACUGAGACAGUGAUGGACCGGGCUCGUGAAUGGUCCGAAUCGGAAGUAGAGACUGCAGCCGUCUUAUGCCUGGUCUAUGGCAAGUUCAUUAAAGUGUGGAGACAACAAGAGGCUGCUCUGGAAGGUUCGCAGUUGACGAAGCUGCUUCUGGCCAAUUCGGCCCAUGAAGUCCGAACUCCGCUGAAUGCCAUUGUCAAUUAUCUGGAAAUUGCUCUAGAAGGUGCCUUGGACACGGAGACUCGCGACAAUCUUACUAAAUCAUACUCCGCCUCCAAAUCAUUGAUAUAUGUCAUCAACGACCUAUUGGACCUGACCAACACCGAAAAGGGACACAAUCUGAUUAAAGAUGAACCCUUUGAUCUGCCCUUGUGUUUCAAGGAAGCGACCGCCAUGUUUUCCGGCGAGGCGCACCGGAAAGGAAUUGAGUAUACUGUUCACGCCCAUCCCGGUCUCCCAAAGACCGUUUUGGGCGAUGAACGGCGCGUUCGGCAAGCAAUUUCAAAUCUAAUCUCGAAUGCCAUUCAGCAUACAUCUACGGGUGGCGUCACUGUCGAAAUGUGGCGGGCUCCUGGCAAUCCGGAGCCUGGGUUUGCAACCAUACACAUGACAGUGCUUGAUACGGGGACUGGAAUGUCUGACGCUAUGCUGGAGACGAUGUUCCAGGAACUGGAGCAGCAUACCGAGGUUGAACGCGGGAAAGGUGUCCUCGGACUGGGGCUCGCUUUGGUGUCUCGCAUCGUACGGAAUACCCACGGUCAGCUCACGGUGCGGUCGGAGGAGGGCAAGGGUAGCCGCUUCCAGAUCUCGCUACAGUUUUCUACUCCAGACGAUACGGGUUCCGACCAACCCGAAACCCCACAGCCGUCCACGCAGGAGGGUGAUGCCACUCCUUUUGAGGCCAAGGAAGAGUUUAUUUUAGUCGACAGCAGCUCGUCUGCACCAAGUGAUGGAUGGCGACGUAGUGGUAGCCAUCGCGGCACGAUUAGCCCGUCUGCAGAUGAACUGGACGCCAAACUGGUAGCAGAGGAUUCUAUUGAUCGUACGAAAGACGAAGCUGCUGGUCUGCUUCCCUCUUCAGAUCGCCGAAAACUCGUCACGCUGCCUUCAACCCCUGAAAGGUUGGAUGAUGUCACACGUGCCUUGCAGCAGAACGUGCAGAAUCUCGCCAUAUCCGACAAACCAGCAAUUACUAGUGCAGGCCCUGCAGGACCCGCUCCAACGAGUGCUCCCCCUGCCGAAUCAGACGCCAAAGCCCCACCUGGCAAGUACCGCGUUCUUGUGGCUGAAGACGACCCUAUCAAUGGCAAGAUUGUACAGAAGAGGCUUGGAAAGCUAGGCCACACCGUUCAACUGACAGUAAACGGCGAAGAAUGCGCAGCUGCAUACCGGGCCGAUUCUGCGCAAUUUGACGUCGUCUUGAUGGACAUCCAGAUGCCGAUCGUGGAUGGUAUCAACUCGACCAAGAUGAUCCGCGAAUUUGAGACUUCGUCUGAUUCGACCGCGCUCUCUUCGGUCGCAAAGUUGAACAAUCGGAUCCCUAUAUUUGCAGUUUCUGCUUCUCUUCUAGAGAAGGACAUGUCCUUAUAUGUCGAUGCAGGCUUCGACGGGUGGGUCAUGAAGCCCAUCAACUUCAACCGGCUCAAUGUCCUUUUGGAAGGCCUCCAAACGGGGGAUACAAGAAAUUCUGCCACGUAUCAUCCUGGCUGUGACUGGGAACAAGGCGGCUGGUUCACGCCUAUUCCUGAAGAAAAGCAGUAG